AUGACUACACAUACAAUGCUUCUUUCAAAACGAUUCUUGCAAAGAAGAUUCACAACGAAUAAUAAAUUCAAAUUCAUCCCAGGAUAUAAAUUGAAAUGUGGAUUGGAAAUUCAUACACAAUUAAACACUAAAAAGAAACUAUUUUCAUCUUCAAUUAACCAUCAUCCCUCUUCUUCUGAAACACCAAACUCACAUACAAAUUUCUUCGAUUUAUCACUCCCUGGAACACAACCAAUCUUAAAUCAUGAAUCAAUCUUAUUCGCAUUAAAAUUAAGUCUUGCAUUAAAUUCAAAAAUAAACUUAAAUUCUCAAUUCGACAGGAAACAUUACUUUUAUGCAGAUCAACCACAAGGUUAUCAAAUAACGCAACAUUAUUCACCAUUUGCCAAGCAUGGUUCCCUUACACUCUAUCAUGAUAUUGACAAUAUUAAGGAACCCACCAAAAAGAUAAAUAUAAUUCAAUUACAAAUUGAACAAGAUACAGCAAGAUCCAUAUAUUUACAACCACCACAGAAUUUAACACUUCUUGAUUUUAAUAGAUCAAAUGUACCAUUAAUUGAAUUAGUAACAGAACCAGAAUUCAAUGAUAUUGAUCAAAUUAAGGCAUUCAUUAGAAAAUAUCAAAAUUUAAUUCGUCAUUUACAUAUCUCCACUGGAGACUUGGAAGAUGGUGCAAUGAGAAUAGACGUAAACGUUAACGUUAAUGAACAUCCAAGAGUCGAAUUGAAAAAUUUGCCAAAUACUACUUCCAUCAUAAAAGCAAUUAAAUACGAAUACACUCAACAAGUUCAGACAUUAUUAAAUCAAAAGAAUGGUGAUGUAUUUGAAGGUGGUACAAAGAGUUGGGAUGGGCAGAAAACAAUCAAAUUAAGGAAUAAAGAAACUAUGGUAGAUUAUAGAUAUAUGCCUGAUCCAGAAUUACCAACAAUAACGUUAUCCACUGAAUUGAUUGAGUCCAUUCGGAAAACAAUGCCAAUGUUACCUGAUGAUAUAAUUAAUAUGUUGGUGUCUCAUCCUUAUUGUUUAACCAUGAAAGAUGCUAAGAUUCUAACGAUAAAUAGUAAUAGUAAUAGUACUAGUAACAAAAGUGCUGAGAAUGAAGUUUCCAUAUAUAAUCAUGAAGAUUUAAGAGGAUAUUACCUUGAGACAUGCAAUGAAUUCUUGCAAUUAUCGAAUACCGGACAAAAGGUAAAUGAAAAGUCACCUUUGAAAUUACCAACGAAUUGGAUUAUUCAUGAAUUAAUUGGUAAUUUGAAAAAAUUGUCCAUAUCAUUUAAUGAAUUCAAUGCGAAAUGUAUGAAUCCGCCUACGUUUGCUGAAUUUUUAACAUUAAUUAAACAAAAUGUCAUAUCGAAUUCGUCAGCUAAAUUUUUAUUAUUUGAGAUAUUAAAACAAUUCAAAGAUUCAUCAUCAAUGAUGACAAAGAUGGAGAUUGAUUUGCCUAAACUGAUUAAGAAAUAUAAUUUAGAAACGAUAGAUGAAUCCAAUGAAAAGGGUCAAGAAUUCAUUAAUGAGAUAUGUAACUCGGUCAUUGAACAAACCUCCAACGAUUUAAUUACAGAAAUUAAAAUGGGAGGGAAGAAUAAAGAAAAAAAAUUAAAAUACUUAAUUGGUCAAUCAAUGAAAUUAUCAAAAGGUAAGAUCUCACCAAAAGAAAUUGAAUCAUGUUUAAAUAAAAUAUUAUUCUUGUAA